CUUAUGGGGUGUUGCUGUUCUAUUAAAUCUCCAAGUUAAACAACUCUUGGAAGAGAGGUUGAAUGCCCUAAAUGUUAAUAAGUAUUUCCAUCUUACACUACAAAUCAUGCUGUAAAAUAUUAAAAUAUAAUUUCAAGUUUAAUGAUCACUUAGAUAAUUGUUUAAUGUCUUCACAAUAAAAUGUAAGUAGAAUAGAAGAUUACAGAGGAAUUAAAUAUUGGGAAAAGGUUUAAAAUGAAUAAGGAUUUUAAUGGAUAUUAAAAGAAUACAAUCCUAUACUCUAAAUCAAUGAAUAGGUAACUCUAUCAAAUAAAAAAGAAAAUUUAACUAGAACCUUUUGGGUAAAAGCAAGUUUGGUUCAGAGCUAAAUUAGAAAAACUAAGAAUUCCUUGGCAAGUAAAUUAUACAAAAAUUGAAUUUAGAAUGGAUGUACAAUUCUUUCUAUUUCUUAAAAUCAAAUAUUAGAAUCUUCAUUGGAGAGUAUUAUGGAAUUAAAAUCUCGUCUUUUACAUGGAGAAUUAAAAAUUAAUUUUUAAGAAGAUCAAAAAGUUUAAGAUGCUGGAGGUUUACUAAGAGAAUGGUCUACUUCUAUUCUUUAAUAAUUAGUUAAUUUAGGUUAUUUAUAAAAAACUGAAACAAAAGAAUUAACUUACAAAUUUAAUCCAAAUGUUUAAUCAAAUUCAUUCGAUAAAAGAUAGUUAUUUUCCUUUUUAGGAAUAAUUGUCGGAAAAUGUCUUUUUGAAAGAAUUCCACUUAGUUCAUAUUUAGAUCGUACAAUUAUCAAACAUAUCUUGAGAUAAAAAAUAGUUUUGGAAGAUAUCAAAUAUUUUGAUGAAGAUGUAUUUAUUUAAUAAAUAUUUAUAUAGUUAUUCUAUUCAUGGUAAUAUUUAUUAAACAAUAAUAUUGAUUAAUUAGAUCUUUACUUUUAAUUAGAAUAUUUUGGCAAGACAAUUAAUUUAAAAGAAAAUGGAUGUGAAAUUAAGGUUUCAGAUUCUAAUGUCCAGGAAUAUAUAAAUUUAAAGUAUUCUAUUUUAAACAUUAUUAAUAGUAUAUUCUACUACACUUAAUAAUUUUUAGAACCAUAUUUAUCAGAUUUUUUAACAGGAUUCUAUUAAAUUAUUCCAAAAACAUUAUUAAGGAUAUUCAAACCUUAAGAAUUUGAAAUGAUUUUAUUCGGUCUCCCUUUUAUUGAUCUUUAGGAUUGGUCUAAAUAUACUAUAUAUAAAGAUUGUUCUGCAGAAGAUUAUUUUAUUUAAUGGUUUUGGUAAAUUCUUAGUACUUGGAAUUAAGCCUAACUAUCUUAAUUUUUAAGAUUUUGUACAGGUUCAACCAGAGUACCAGUAGAAGGAUUUAGGUAUAUGAUAAUUAUUAAUAAAUAGCAAACUUGAAAGUAACAGGGGAGAAAUUUCAUAUUUUUGUAUUUAAGCUAGUAAUUUUGAUAAUGAAAAUCCUUAUCCUAAAGCACAUACAUGUUUUAAUAGAUUAGAAUUACCAAAGUAAUAAUAAUUUAAUUUAAUAACUUCUGUAGAUAUCAAGAAUUAUAAACAAUGGAAAUAUUUUUAAAGGCAACUAUUCAUGAAGCUUUAGAAGGAUAAUUUGGUUUAGAAUGA